AUGUAUUCGGACAACGCCACCAACUUCAUCGGGACAAACAACCUGCUCAAGGAGCUGCAGAUGAAGUUUUCGAAGCAGCAUCUCCUGCUGCUGCAAUUGUUCGCGUCGAAGCUAGGAAUGGAAUGGCACUUCAUACCUCCUCGAGCCCCACAUUUCGGAGGGCUGUGGGAGGCCGCGCUGAAAUCCGCAAAGCAUCUUCUCGUCCGGCAAAUGGCCAACGCGUCACUGGCGGAAAGCGAGGUCACAGCUCAUCUGGAAGAUGUCGAUGCCAUUCUCAACUCACGACCUUUCACUCCACGCAGCACCGAUCCCAACGAUGGCGAGGCUCUAACACCGGGCCAUCUUCUAAUCGGGCAAGCCAUACGUUCGCCGCCACAAGGAGCCGUGCCAGACAGGCCCAACAAAAGAGCUGACGUAUUUGCGAAGGUUAGAAUUGAGAAUUGA